UAACCCCGGAACAACCCAUCUUAAACUAGGAGAGGGCUUAGAAGUCCGUCGUCCGAGUCGUGUCUGGUUACAGCCACCCCCCCUCCAACCUCCGGUAUUGGAAUCCUCAUCUCUCCUUAGCAUCUCCUUCUGGAAGAAUAUCACUCAAGCACCUGAAGGUAGUUGGAAUUCCCUAACAAUGGAUAAAUUCGUCAUUCGAACACCUAGAAUCCAGAAUAGCCCACAGAAGAAACAUCCUGGAGGAAAGGUUUACAAGCAAGCCACGAUUGAAUCUUUGAAGAGAGUUGUGGUUAUAGAAGACAUAAAAAGAUGGAAAGCUAUGUUGGAGCUUCCUGAUCAAACCAAAGAAAAUCUACUUGAAGCUUUACAAGAAUUAAAGAAGAAAAUACCCUCCAGGGAGGUGUUAAGAUCAACGAGGAUAGGUCAUACUGUGAACAAGAUGUGUAAACACUCAGAUUCAGAGGUGGCUUGUCUUGCCAAAGAAGUUUACACUGAGUGGAAAAGCUUCAUUGAAAAACAUUUGGAUAGACCUUCUAUUGAAGUCCAAAGUGAUCCCAAAACUGAGUCAUUUCGAAAAAAUGCCCGGAAAUUACUCUCGGAAGCCUUGGAAUUAAAGAUGGAUCACCUACUGGUUGAAAAUAUUGAGCGGGAAACGUUUCAUCUCUGCUCCCGCCUCAUUAAUGGGCCGUACAGGCGGACGGUGCGGGCUCUGGUCUUCACAUUAAAGCACCGAGCUGAGAUCCGGGAGCAGGUGAAGAGCGGCGAGAUGCCGGUCGGCACGUUUGUACAAACCCACAAAAAGUGACCUGAGGACGGUCCCUACCCUGGGCCAGGCAGAAAGGAAAAUGGGCCUUGCUCGGCCAUUCAAAGAGUCUUUUGAGUUUGGGUGAGGCAGGUGCUGGCUGUGCUGGAUUUUCCCAUGGUGCCAUUCCUUCAGACAAGAUGCAGGGAUCCCUGGGAGACAGGCCUGCAGGAGCUUGCUUCAUUAGCUGCCUCAUGCUGCCACUGCCUAACAGGAUGCACACCGGCUGUCACUAGAAAGUACCAUACACUUGCCAUCACCCAACACAGUGGAAGGGUGACGGAUUUCACAGUGAGCUUGCCAAGGACACCUCUAAACUCCCCCAUGUCAGGCAGAUGAAGUUACCACUUUAUUUUGCCACCCUGCAGGUAACUGAAACUCAAUUACCACUGCUGCUCGCUCAGUUCCGUCCCCUUGAGUUUAGACAGCUCUGGUGCCUCUCAGAACUCCCCUGUCUGUUCUCUUUGCUCUACCCCAGGGGUGAGCCUGCCAGAGCCUGCGACCAGCCCUGCUUGCCAGUGCUCACUUAUCUGAGCCUUUCAGCUCUCCCUGGAAGACCUUCAGGGAUGGUCUCCCAAGCCCCCAUGCUGAGGCUUCUAAUGAGCUGGCCCAAAGCCUCCCCAUACCUCAGGGUUUAUUUGAAUAGUCGCUCUGUAGAAGAUGCAUAAUGAAAUUUCUCUCACAAUAACUUACUGCAGUAGGAAAAAAUACAUAUUUUCAAUGAAAUACCUCUAUACAAGCCUGCUCAAAUGAUUAUGUAAGUGAUGCUUACUUUUCAAAAAAGUAACAAUAAACUGAGAUGUGUAUCCUAAAA